AUGUUUCCUCCAAUUGCAGCAGCUGAUGCGUCCUCAUCAAAAUUAAGAUGGCAGAAGUCGACAAGAAGGAUCUCAUAUGUGAAACUUCCAUCGAUUCAAGCAAAAGAAAAGAAACGUCAAGUUCCAUCUGUGCCAUCAGAAGAAGAACCCAUCCCCUCUGAUCCUGCUCCUUCUCUUCCUCCAAUUCCAACUAUCACUCCAUCAUUAUGCAUUGACAAUCAGUAUUUCGCCAAUUACAUCAGUGAGAAGCCGAAAAUAGAUGAUGUCGAUUAUCUGAGUAGAGCUUUCAGUUCGUGCGUUUUUUUUUCCGAAAUGUCCAGAUUCGCCAAAAUACAAGGCUCUUUGCACGCUCAGAGAACCAACUAUUUCGAGAAACGAGGUCUGUUGGAGGCGAUUGAGCUAAACAUCGAACAACAAAACAGCAAGAUUAGUGAAGCACUGGGAUGUCUUGCUGUUUGCAAUCAGAUCACUGAGAAGUACCAAUGCAAUCUGGAUACUUCUUUUCAAGUUUUAGUCGACGAUUUUUCGGAGAAAGCUUUCCGUUUGAGCAGUUUGACAAGCCAACUUCAUGCUCUUCGACAGACUCAUCAGGCGAAUCUGCAAGUGAGAAAAAACGAAGCGAGUCAGUUGGAAGACAUUGGUGGCGAAUCGAAAGAGAGGAGAAGAGAAUCAAGAAACUCGACGGGAAAUUGUGGAAAUUUUAUGAGAAUCGAGAUGAAAACAGGAAAAGAGCAGCAACGGAAAUUAAAAAUGUGGAAGAAACAGAAAACGAAGAAGGUCAUAUAA